AUGGUGCAAGAUGCUGGAUGGACCACGACAGGCUCUUCUAGUGAGGAAUACGAGAUCACAUUCGAGAUCGCGCCUCCAACUGAAGUAAGGCCGAAAUCGCCUUUUCCAUUACCGGUGAUUGCUGCAGUUCGUUCCCUACCUAGAACAUCCACAGUCGGCUCGGGUCAGCAACUCGUCGCACAUGCUUCGCUCAGGGACGAAACGGGCUCUACCGUGGCCCCUGGGUUGACGGGAAGCUUGACAUCUAGUGUACGCAGCCGCUCUGGGAACACAGCCAGCGGGUAUGGGCGGUUCGAUCCACUGCUCAUUACACAACCGGGCCGGUACCGUCUUCGAAUCAUGCUGGGAAUUGCAUCCGUCGAUGGAAUGAUGACGAAAAAUUACGUUGGUUCGGAUAUCAUCACGGUGCAUGAUGAAGCCGGCAAUCAACGACCAAGUACGUAUCUCUAUAGUAUGACAGUACGUCGGUAG